GUUCUUCCGUCGCCGUGUAAAAAAAUUCUGAUCAGGUUUUGUUUAGAUUCUGUAAUGGCUUUAAGACGCACUUUAUCCCUCAGAUCCUUGUUCUAUGCUCGCUGCUACCAACCAUCUUGUAGCGGUAUCAUUCGUCAUGAUGAUGUUCAUGAAGAGAAGCCAAAUUACGGCUCUUUGCUUUAUAAGAGAUCCUUUAGCAGCUCGAUGAUUCUCUCUCAGAAGCAUCUGAUGAGAAGCUCUUCAGAUUUGUCUCUAUGCACUCCUUUUGGUAUCUCUACCUGUCGGUCUAUGUCGACUUCACAUAUUCCAGGCUCGGAUGAGAGUGGCGAUUUGAAUCAUGUUGCUGCAACUCUUACUGAUUCAAUGCUGCAAGAUGUGUCUUCACAGAGCACUACAGUCAUCAAAGUUGCCGAUGCUGCUAUUGAUUCCUCCGUCGAUUUCGAUUUUGUUCAGCAGAUUAUUCAUAAUGUGCAUUCAUUCACAGGCUUAAACUGGUGGGCUUCCAUUGUUCUUACCACGCUUUUGAUUCGAGGAGUGACAAUCCCGCUCAUGAUUGAUAACGAAAGAUGGUUGUCAAGGUGGAUGGGAGGGGAUCCAGCUGCUCUUGCUAGACAUCAGAUGGAGUUCAACAAGUUGGUGAAGGAGAAUGGUGGUUACAAUGGACUUAAAAUUAUUUUUUCAUCCUUCCAGAUAGUGAGGUUUUUCUUACAGUUUCCAUUGUUGAUCUGCAUGGGGCUAACAAUCAAUAACAUGACAGAGAAAGUAGCAUCCUUCAAAACAGGAGGUGCACUUUGGUUCACUGAUCUUACAACGGCUGAUACAUCAUUCAUCUUUCCACUCUUAACGGGAUUAACCCUAUGGAUUGCAAUAGAGUGUGAUGCACUGCUAGGCCUUGAAGGCAUAUUAGUAAUCCUCAAAAAGCUGGCCCGGUUUCAGGUCAUCCCCGUGCUCCUUAUGGGAAUGUAUUUGUCAAAGGCGGUACAUUGCUAUAUGAUGAGUAGCAUGUUGUUCUCCAUUAUGUUUAUGUAUGUGAUUCGCCGUCCGGGAGUGAAGAAGUAUUUUGGUAUUCCAGAGGCAACAGUCAUGAAAUCGUACACUCUGUUUCACCCAUCGAGAAAGCAUGAGCUUGAAUCUACCACUAAAUCGAGGCUCACGCGCCUGUGGCGCGCCAUGGCGCGAUGCGCACCGAGGCUCGAUGAAAAGGGCAACAAGACAUGGAGGCGAGGCGAGAUCUAUGAUGCGCGCGCCAUACAUGAGCCAUGGCCGAUGCACGAGGCGGUCAAGGCGAGCGCCUCUUGUGUUCAGGCGAAAACUCUUCGAAACCAGAAGCAAGAACUAUAUUCUGUAAUGGCCUUGAGACGCACUUUAUCCCUCAGAUCCUUGUUCAAUGCUCGCUGCUACCAACCAUCCUAUAGCGGUAUCAUUCUUCAUGAUAAUGUUCAUGAAAAGAAGCCAAAUUACGGCUCUCCGCUUCAUCAGAGAUCCUUUAGCAGCUCCAUUCUCUCUCAGCAUCUCAGAAGCUCUUCUUCACAUUUGUCUCUAUGCACUCCUUUUGGUGUCUCUAUCUAUCAUCGCUCUAUGUCGACUUCUCAUGUUCCAGGCUCAGAUGAUUCUUGCAAUGUAAGUGAAGUUGCAGGAACUCCGAUAGAUUCUGUGAUGGAAAAUGUGGCUUCCCAGGAUUGGUCAUACUCAUACAAUUUCGACAUUGUUAAGGCAUUAAUUGAAACGCUGCACUCUUACACAGGCUUAAACUGGUGGGCUUCCAUUGUUAUUGCCACCCUUUUGAUUCGAGGAGUUACAAUUCCGCUCAUGAUUGAUAACGAAAGAUGGAGGUCAAGGAUUAUGAUGCUAGGAAUACACUCUACAGCAUCAAUGGAGACUAAGGAUCCAGCUGCUCUUGCUGAACAUCGGAUAGAGUUUGAAAAGUUGCUGAAGAAGUAUGGUGGUACAUUUUCUGUGUCUCCCUUUUUGUACAUGUUACAGUUUCCGGCUUCGGUCUGUAUGGGCCUAAAAAUUAGUAACAUGACAGAGGAAGUAGCAUCCUUCAAAACAGGCGGUGUUCUUUGGUUCACUGAUCUUACAACGCAUGAUACAUCAUUAAUCUUUCCACUUCUAACUUGGUUGACUUUCUGGAUUAUGAUAGAGUGCGAUGCAACGGUAGGCCUUGAAGGCGCAAUGAUCCCCAAAAAGCUGACCCGGAUUAUGGUCAUACCUAUGUUUGUUGUGGCAAUAAUGGUUUCAAAGGGUGUACAUUGCUAUUUGAUGAGUUGCAUGAUGUUCUCCAUUGCGUAUAUGCUCGUGAUUCGCCGUCCGGGAGUGAUGAAGCAUUAUGGCAUUCCAGAGAAGCUAAAUUACGACACUUUUCUUCAUCAGAGAUCUUUUACCAGCUCGAUGAUUCUCUCUCAGCAGCAUCUGAUGAGAAGCUCUUCACAUUUGUCUCUAUGCACUCCUUUUGGUGUCUCUAUCUAUCAUAGAUCUAUGUCGACUUCACGUUUUACAGGCUCAGAUUUGCAUAAGAAUUACUCAGUGCUGCAAGAUGUGGCUUCAAAAACCAAAGUUGUCGAUAAAGUUGUCGAUGCUGCUCACCAGUUUGUUGACAAGGUGCAUUCUUUCACAGGAUUUAACUGGUGGAUUUCCCUUGUUCUUACCGCUUUAUUACUUCCACUAGUGACAAGUCUGCUCAUUUUUAUCACCGCCUUGUCCAGGAUUAUGAUCUACUAUCUGAUCAUGAAGACGCUAUUGAGACUCGCGAGAGUAUGUUUGGAUAUAAAGAAUCAGGGAGGAGAUGUAACUGUUGUUGCUACAAGUCAUAAAGAAUUCGACAAUCCAGUGACUGAGUAUGGUGGUGAAGAUAUAAUUAACUGUUCUACUUCAGCCUUCUCUUUAGCGAGAAAUGUUUUACAGCCUUGGCUCUAUCCCUGGGUGGGAAUAACAGAGAAAAUAGCAUCCUUCACAGUAGACAGUGCGUUUUUCCCUGAUGAUCUUGCAAGUCCAUAUGCACUAAGGAUGUUUCCAGUUCUACCAGUAUUCAACCACUUGAUUAAUCUGGAGUGUUUUGGAAUACUAAGCAUCCUAGGCUUCACAACCCUUGGAAAGCGAGUCCCUGAGGCCUGGAUUUUCGCUCGUUUUCUGGCCAUUCCGGUGGUCCUUUUGGGAAUGGUUUUGUCUAAGGCUGGACAAUGCUAUUUCAAGACUUGCAUGAUGUUCUCCCUUGCGUCUAUGUACUGUGAGUCUCUCAAUGAACAUGCUUCUAUGGUGCCUUCGAGUGCGGAAGCAGUAUUUGCUGAAUGCAAAUGCAUCCAAUGCGGUUCCAACGGGUCUUCUCUGUGCUUGAAGUAAAUAUUUGUACAUUCGAGAUCUCUAGAUAUUUGGCUUAAUGCUCUACAAGAGGACAUUUGAAAUGGUCAGAAUCAUUUUUGUAUCUUUUUGUUAAACGGUAGCAUGAUGAGAUCAUAUCGCUGUUAAGGGAUUUCUUUUAACCUAAAGCAUUGGUUUAAGUGUUUUCCUUUUUCUUAUAGUUUCUAACCGCACUACUUUUAGGCCUU